AACAAAACCAAGAAAGCAAAAACAAAAUUUCAAUCAAUUUUCAAAUCCCAGAUAGGAAAAACUUGUAACGGAUACUUUCUUCCCCUCUUCUCAAUUCAUCCAAAAAAAUUCCCAUUCAAAAUCCCCAUUACCACAUUUCUCUUCUUCACUCUCCCCUAAAUUACCCUUCAAAUCCACUGAAAUAAUUAGUCUUUUCUCUCUCCUCUCACUCUUUUGGAGCAAUUUUUCAGUCAAUUUCAAGAAUCAAGCAAAAUGGGUUCGAUCCCUGGUUGUAAAGUGAGAAUUGUUGCUAGAAUUAGGGCUGAUUUGAAGAAAGAUGGUGAUACUUUUGAUGGGAUUUCAGUUUCAAAACCCUGGAUUUCAGUUUUGAGACCCGACCCGGUAACCAACCCGAAUUCACGCCCAAGUAGAGUGAAAAUCUCGUUUGGGUCAGAUCAGUCUUCUAGUGGCAAGCAGCAAAGUUGUGAAGUAGAUGAAUGUUAUGAGCAAGAUGUAGGCAAUGAGGAAAUAUUUUCUAAAGAGAUUAAACCCCUGAUCACUGGAUUGUUUGGAGGUCAGAAUAGCACAGUUUUCGCCUACGGUCCUCAAGGUAGUGGCAAGACUUACACCAUUCAGGGAUGCGAGGAAGUACUUGGAUUGGCUGUGCUUACUGUGGAUGCAAUUUUCCCUCAAACAGAAGAACAAGGAAACAUUAUCACUGUUUCUGUAUUUGAGGUAUAUCAGGACAGAGUUUCGGACCUUUUGGAUGCCAAAAGACCAGAAGUUGCAGUAUUUGAGGAUGCACAAGGAAAAAUUAGGCUCAAGGGGUUAUCUAAGGUCAAGGUGAAUUCAACUUCGGAAUCCCAGAGACUAUAUUUACAGGCAGCAAAUUCACGCAAACAGUCGCAAAAGGCAAUGGAUCUUCCUCAUCGGAGCCAUAUAGGUUGCAUCAUCCAUGUCGUGUCACCCCAAACCGAGAAUUCAAACGCCCAACUAGUGGGCAAAAUCAACUUCAUAGACUUGGCAGGUUAUGAGGAUUCGAGAAGAAAGAGUAGUGAUGGCUCGAACUUAACGGAAGCUACAAGAAUAAACAAAUCCCUUUACGCUGUGCACAAUGUUCUGUAUGCACUGAAUGCAAAAGAAGCUCGUGUCCCCUAUAGGGAAAGUAAGUUGACUCGGAUGCUGCAGGACUCCCUUGGGGGCACAAGUAGGAUUCUGAUGGUUACAUGCAUGAAUCCAUCUCUUUGCCAAGAAACUGUGCAAACAAUCAGUUUAGCUUCUCGAUCAUGCAUGGCAGGCUUUUUGGCUUGUUUAGACCCUGGAAAAAGUAGUAGAACUACUGUUACCAAGACAACAAUUACCCCAUCAUCUCCACAAGUUAUGAAAUCAGCAUCCAAACUGAAUAUAAGAUCAAGUAUGAUGUCUCCUAAAUUAGUGGAACCCAUGAGUGCUUCAGCUUCUGGGAAAAAACAAGUUGGACCAAAGCUGCACAAGACAACUGCCAUGUCAUCACCACAAGUUAUGAAGUCGGCGUCCAAAUUUAAUAUAAGAUCAAGUAUGAUGUCUCCUAAAGUUGUGAAACCCAUGAGUGUUUCAGCUUCUGGGAAAAAACAAGUUGGAUCAAAGUCGCACAUGUCUAUGAAAAAGCCCAAAGAUGUAGCUAUUGAAGAGGAAAGAAGGAAACUGUUUGAUGACACUAAUCUUUCGAAGAAGUCAGAACUGGGAAACAUAGGCCCUAAAAGUCCCUUAAUCAUGGAUUCUUCAACACAAAGAGAGGUAGAUAUCCAUACCCUUGAACAUUUUGUGCAGACAACUCUCUCCCCAAGUAAGGCAGGACCAAAUUCUUCUACUCAGCCAGAGGCGCAAUUGACAUUGAGGGCUAUGGACAUGUAUGCUACCCAGUUUCUUUUUCCAGAGGAGAAGAGUACGAGUUCACUGAAUGAUUCUUCUCAGCCUCCUUCUGGAAAGGAUGUACUGCCAAUUGCAAAUCAAACACCACCAACAUUUCUUUUCGAAGAUAAGGAAAACAAGAGUUCUGUACUUGAAAGUGAGGCAUCAUCAUCACCGCCACUGAGUGUAAAAAUACGCGAGCUCUCAGACAACUUAAAAGCACUUUCCUUUUCAACAGAGGAAAAGUUUGAGUUUAAAACUCCCAUUGCGGAACAAAAAGUUAAAGCUAAUGAAAAAUGUGAACUUGACAAUUUGGCAAGCAGUCAGGAAACUCCCAUUGCUGAACCAAAAAUGCAAGGUUCCGGAAUGAAGGAUGUCCUUGUUCAAACUUACUUGAAGUUUUUAAACACCGCGAGCAAGGAGGAGCUAAAAGGACUGAAGGGAAUCGCGGAAAAAAGAGCUAACCUCAUUCUCGAAAUGCGAGAAGAUUCACCCGAACCCUUCAAACAGCUUGAUGAUCUAAGAGAUCUCGGCUUUUCAGCAAAGCGGAUCAUGAAAAUGAAGAAAAACAUGGAUGGGUUUCUGUAAGAGUGUUCAUUCCAAGGAUUUUGCACCUUUUAGUACCAGCAACAGCAUGUUGCUCUUUUAAUUGUACAAGUAAGUUAUUUUUAGGGUUUCUAAACUUCUUUAAUGAACUCAAAAGGCAUGCAAUAUGAAAAAAAGGUGUUGUUAGUCUUGUUGUUGAUCUCACAAGGUGUACGUAAAGUGUAAAAGUCGAACAUAUUCGACACUGAACACCAUUAUUGAUCUCCGUAAUAUAAAUGGGUUUGACA